CCGACACUGGUAGUCUCCGGGAGCAGGCAAGCAUGCAUCACCGCUGUUGCCUCCGCCAAUAACAUGGUGUCGUGGGCCGCCGCCGCCAAGUACAUUGACUCUGCCGCCGCUGCUGGCAAGGACAUCACCGCCGCCACCAAGGACGAGUCACUGAGAUGUGCUUCAAUGUCCAAGUUGCUGAGUGGUGCAUGCAUGUGUCAUCGCUGCUACUACUCACAAGGACAUGGUGGCGCAAGCCGCUGCUGCCAAGGCCAUGCUGCCGCCGCCACCAACGACGACACCAACGACGAGGAGCUGAGCGGUACCACCAAGUACAUCGUCGCUGCCGCCGCUGCCAAGGACACGGUGCUGCGAGUCGCCGUCGCCAAGGACGAGAUGUUCGGUGGUUCCAAGGACAAGCUGCUCGGAGGUUCCAAUGACCAGAUACUCAUAGGUUCCGCCGCCAAGGACAUGGUGCAGCGAGUCGCCACCAUGGACGAGAUGCUUAGAGGUACCACGGCCAAGGCAAAUACAGUAGAACUAUCGCUGAAGAGAAUGGUGGACGGGUAAUAAUACUUCAUCAAGAUUGAAUGCACAACUAGUUCUUUUAGAAGU